AUGCAAGACCGAACAACAUUUCAACCCAUGAAACAAAAUUUUCCAGAACAAGAACAUUGCAAAAGAUAUUGGGCAAAAGGUGGUGCUUUAAGGAACAUACCAGUUGGUGUUGGAACAAGAAAAGUUACAAAACGUUCAUCAAGUUCUAAACGUUCAACAACACCAUCUUCAUCUUCUCCAUCAACAUCAUCCACUUCUUCAGCAGCAAAAGUUUCAGCUUCAGUUCCAGAAACUGACCCGACCCAGAUUCAUGUUGACCCGAUUGUGAGAAAUUUUGGUGAAGGUCUUCUUCUUACGCUUCUUAGCUCCACCACGAAGACGAAGAGUGUAACGCCCUAG